CCGUCCACUGCCUCACUUCCAACACAACACCACCAUUGUGCGCAAACAUAUCCGCUAUCGCAUAUUCUAAGUAUACGACAAGCGCAUUGUCAUUAUCAAUACAGACACGCGCAAUCGAAUCAAUCAGGUUUACUAUUCUGAUACCAAACACAUACACCAUUGACCAACUAUCACAUUGUGACUCGGAAUCUCCCCACAGACAGCAAACAUGUCGGGCACCACCAACAGCUGGCUCGCGAGGCAGCGCAAGUCGGACUUGGUUGAAUUGGCGAGGGAAAUCGGUAUAACUAGCCUUGAUGGUCUGAAGAAGAGUGAUAUCGAACAACACCUCGACAACUUCCUCUCCCAGAACGCAAACCGUUUCUCCUCUGACUCGCGCUUCACUUCCUACUUCAACAGCCGCGCUCGCCAGUCGCCCAUCAAGCGCGAAAGCGAUGUGACCCCCAACCGAGCCCCCAGGCGGAGGGCCACCAACAAGGUCGAGGUCGAGAUUCCUGCUGCCACCAUCGAAGAGUCCGACUCCAUCCCAUCCACCACAUCCCCAUCCCCCGAGCCCGAUUCCAAGCAAGCUCCAGCGCCCUCAGAAGUCCUUCACGCCGCCGCUCAAGUGACUCAAGACGCCAUUGUCUCCACCGCCCAAUCUGCCGUUCAAAACGUCCAAAACCCCGGGCACGCACUCUCCCAGCUCAACAACACUUUCUCGUCCUCCACCUUGCGCCUGCCCGCCUCCCAGGCCGAGCUGGCCCAAGUUGUCGAGUCCGGCACCCUCGCCGUGCGCAACCGCGUCUCGGACCUCUACCGACGUUCGGGCAUCCACGAAAAGGCCGAGACCGUUCGCGAGAGCCUGUCCACCGUCAACAGCGUCGCCGUCACCGCCGCCGCCUUCGAGCUCUACUUCCUCCGCAAGGAGGUCAUCCCCGACCGCUACGCCUUCACCAUCCCCGCCGUCAAGCUUCUGGGCGGCAUGCUCGGCUGGGAUGAGUACCCCGUCUACGUUCCCGACAUGUUUGCUUUGGUGACGGCCGGCUUCUGGAUCCCCGCUUUGGUGUGGACUACCACCAGCUUGAUCCUCCCUUCAUUGUUUGGUUACUUCUUCAACUUGUCGGUGGCGCACUCGAAUCCCUUCUCCACCAACUCGGGCCCGACGACCAGGAGACAAAGCAGGGAGUUGAGCAAGCGGGAGCCCGAGUAUGCGGUUGAUCCGGUUACGUUUUCGAUUGCCAAGGCGUUGAUCACGUAUGUGGUCUAUGCCCAGGGUGUGACGUUCGGUGGCUGGCUGGAUCCUGAUGCCGUCUUCAGGAUCAAUGGCGCUCUCUACAGUGGGUGGAAGGGCGUGUUGGUUGGUGCGGCGGUGACGGGUGUUUCUGGCCUUUAUGAUGCUGUGCUGAGGAAGUAAGGAGGGUGAUGGUAUAGUCGGAAAAUGUGGGGAUUGGCAGCAAGUGCCGACGAGGGACGGGAAGUGUGGAGAAAGGGGGAGAAUCGAACAAUGAGGUAUGGGCUGGGCUUGAGGAAGAAGCCAACGGACGGACGCUUUGGGGUGGAUGUCAAGACGCGAUCUGAAACGGGACUGAUUGGUACAUGGACGGAAUUCUGGGGAACGAACGAACGGUACAUAACACGACAAAACAAACACAAGAGGAAAAGAAACGAAACGGACGGUUGGUUGGAUGGUACAAGGUUUUGUAUAGGGAUUUGUCUGAAUAGGUAGCGGCGUGUAUGGUGGCUUCUCCAGCUUGUUGGUCAAUCCUUUUGAUACUUGACAUACUAGUUUGCCUUAUUUUCUUUGGCUCGAUUGAUAUGAAUUUGUUUCUUGUUCAGUUCAACUGCGAGCCAUGCUCGCCUUAUAUUACCUGUGUUUUCGGGCUUACAAUUGGUUUCAUUGGUGAUCUUGUUGGAGUGAGGAACCCAAACAGUCACCUGGUCUAGAGACUGAUGUCUUUUGGGACUUGAUAGGCGUUUUCAUGUGGAUGUAAAUACCUUGAUAUCAUCUUCAAGCUAAUGAAUUUGGAGAUACCAUGAUAGUGCUCA